GUAUGUGACACCGGAGUAGAACCAUGUGGAAAGUGUAGCGUUGACUUCGGAGCUGAGAUUUCAAUACUGCCGUUGAAUGCAUUUGUUUAAAAAAAUGAACGUAGUAAUUGUUGGUAUUUUAAAUAGAGUGUAGGGAUAAUUACUGAGUGCGUUGACUUAAUUUACCAGCUUUUAUCGAGGUGAAUAAUGGGGAAAUCAAAGACCAAGAACCAGAAGAAAUCCCGAGCAGUAGCCAACCAUGUGGCCGAGGAGACUUACGGAGCUGUGCCCCAUUCCUUCGUGUUUAAUCGGGGUCAGGUUGGGAAAAACGUGGGUCAACUCAUCCUGGACGUGCGGAGAGUCAUGGAGCCGUUCACCGCAGAGUCUCUGAAGGUUAGGAAAAAGAAUGUGCUCAAAGACUUUGUGGCCAUAGCAGGACCAUUGGGAGUAACGCACUUCAUGAUCUUCAGCAAAACACCCAGCAGUAUCAACAUGAGGCUCGCUCGACUUCCCAAAGGUCCCAUGCUUCACUUCAGAGUCCUUAAGUAUUCUCUUGUCAAAGAUGUGGUUUCAUCUCUGAAGAAGCACAGGAUGCAUGAGCAGCAGUUCACCCAUCACCCGCUGCUCAUCCUCAAUAACUUUGGAGUGGACGGCAUGCAUGUCAAACUCAUGGCUACCAUGUUUCAAAACAUGUUCCCUUCCAUAAAUGUGCACUCGAUAAGCCUCAACAACAUCAAGAGGUGUGUGCUGUUAAAUUACAACCCCGAGACCCAGGAAAUUGAGUUUCGACAUUACAGCUUGAAGGUGGUCCCUGUGGGCAUGAGUCGCGGAGUUAAGAAGCUGAUGCAGGAGAGGUUCCCCAACAUGAGCAAGUUUGAGGAUAUCAGUGAGCUGCUGAUGAAGGGGGCGAACCUUUCAGAAAGUGAACCUGAGCAAGACGGGGAGCACAACAUAACUGAACUUCCACAAGUGUACUCUGGAAGAGGCAACAUGACGUCCCAGCAGAGCGCUGUCCGUUUGACCGAAAUUGGUCCUCGCAUGACUUUGCAGCUGGCGAAGAUUCAAGAAGGGAUGGGCGAUGGGAAUAUUCUUUAUCACUCUACUCUCUCCAAGACAGAGGAAGAAAUCCAGGAGAUUUUGAAGAGGAAGGAGGCCCAGAUUAAAGAGAAGGAGGCUCGCCGGAUGAAACAGGCGCAGAACGUGGCUCAGAAGAAAGAGAAACAAGAAGACCACAAGAAAAAGAGCCUGGAAGGGAUUAAGAGGAAACGCGCUGAAGAUGAAGCAGACAGUGAGGUGGAAGAUCCAGGGAUGCAGGACGAUCAGGCUGCUGCUGUUGAAUCUGAUGAUGAGGUGGAGUACUACAGACAGGCUGUGGGGCAGGAGCCUGAUGAAGAUAUGUUCCCUAGUGCCAAGAAGAGACGGUUCUCAGAAAAGUCUCAUGGACCUGCCAAGAAGAGGAAGCAAUCUCCUGGUAAACCCUCGGGAAAAGACAGAGAUUCCAAAUCACCAAAGAGAAAAGGACCAGGAGGACCUUUUAGAGGCAAAACAGGAAAAGACCAACAGAAAAAAGGAUGGAAGAAAUCCAGGGAUGGUGAAAAAUCAUUUGGACAGAAAAUGAAACCUGGAGGAAAAGCUUUCGGAGCAAAGAGACAUGGGGAUAGAGAAAAUAAAUUUGGUGGGAAAAAGAAAUUUAAUGCAAACAAAAAUAAGGACAAACCAUUUAAAUCUAAAGGUCAGAAAGGCAAGUCGGGCUUCAAGAGGAAAGGUGCUGGAACUAAGCAAAGCUUCACACAAAGGAAAGGAAAAAGCUGAACUUUCUCUUCUCUCUGGACUUUGGGUGCAGUAUUACUCUGAAGCAACAGAUGGCAGCAAAUAAGAAUUUUUCUCUUUUACAUUUGAAGACUUCAGCUGUUAGUGAUGUUGCUCAGUAGAUGGAGAGAAAAAAAUGAGCAACGAAAGCAUCUUGGGAUGAGUGGGAGGGAUACAGCCAUCUUCUUUAGGAUAAUACCUGGUUGUAGUCAUAUACUGAAAUGUCCUUUCUUUUUUGUCCACAUUGAUGUUUGUCAUCAUCAAGGCCACAAAAAUGCUGUAUAUUUUUAUAAUUCAGCUCCACAGCUCUGGAAAUCAUUGCAGAAAGUUAUUGCAGUGUUGUCAGUUUUGUGCAGAUAUGUUUUUGUCAAACCCAGAUCUUUGAAUAUAAAACUACACACAAAGAAUAAAUACAAGGGAUGCCACUGGGUCCUUUUUAAUGA